AUGGCACCGACUGGUGAAUACAGUAUUACAGCAGAAGAAGCAAACAGUUUCCUGGACAAUGUCUUGCAGAUGAAAUCUACAGAACAAUGGAUCAAGGCCAACAAGGUCGCUUUCUUGGAAGAGUUCAUCCAGAGUAUGGAACACCACAUCCCCUUCCAGACAAUCUCAGGGAUCGCCAUUCCUGAUGGGAAGCGUCGCGUGCCAUCAGCAGCCGACAUCAAGGCUGAUAUCGUUUCGAAACUAGGAGGGGUAUGCUACCAAAUCAACAUAUUCUGCUGGAUGCUGCUGCGUGCUCUUGAGUUCGAUGCGCAGUUAGUUCCAUCAGAUGGGUUGUAUUUGCAGGACAAUCACGUUGGUAUUGUCAUCAAUGGCCUAACUGGCCAGAGUUCCAAGCAUCUCCUGGAGGUCGGGAGUAGCUAUCCAUCUCGGCGACUAAUCCCUCUAGAUUUCGAAGACUGUUCGCCGGAAUAUUCUGAUUCCUACAUGAAGUAUCGGUUCGUCCGCCGGGAGGAGGGGACGAUAAUCUUCCAGCAUGAAAUCAACACGGUGUCAUCACUGGCGUGCAAAUAUCCAGAGCUCAUCGAGGGCGAAUGGUUUUCUUUCCUCUUCUACCAUACCCGACAAUCCGUGAGUGUAUCCCAUUUCGACAAAAGAAUGACCAAAACAUUCACUGAAGUCGGCGACCUCAACGUUCUGACAAGCUUACGUUGCACGGCCUACCCCAACGGUCGUCUUGUCUGCAUCAAGGAUUCCAAACUCAUGCUGGAGGAUGAAGAGCAUCAGGUACAGUGUUUUUACUUCCGAUCACGUGACGAGUUUCUACAAGCAUUCCAGCGUUAUUUCCCUCAGUUUUCGGAAAGUAUGAUCCGAGCCGCCAUGAAGAAUGUCCAGUUCAAACUGCGCUAG